GCGAUGAGUGGUGGAGCUGGUGUAAGUCAGUCCGAACAAAUUAUCCCCCUUGGAAGAUGGUCGCCGCUAAAGCCGCCCGCUGGCACAAGAUUGGUUACGGUAACUUCAUCGUCCACGAGUUGAAGCGCCCGUACUUCCGCCCGUUCGUCUACGGUGGCCUCGCGUCGCUCUUCAUCUGCGGCUACCUCCCCACCAAGGGCGCGACCGACGAAGACAAGGCCAAGUCCGACUACUGGAAGCGCGUGAACGGCAAGUUCGACUACCUCGCCGAGCACCACUAAGCGCUAGACCAGCCACGAUAUACUGCUGACGAGGCGCAUAAGAUCUCAUGUUGCUGCUUGUAUUCUUCGUACGAUUAUGACUUUUUGAACCCGU